AGCAACUGCUCAUAUAAAAUCUAACAUUGACCAUACUUCCCCAGACUGAUCAAUGAACCCUUUUGGGGACAAUGAUCAAUGGAAACCCUUUGUUUUUCUACAGGAAGUGUGCAUGAUUCCCAUCAUUCUACUCAAUUUGUAGCAGCAAGAUGAGAACUCACAGCAAACAAUAGAAUCUCUCUCCUACAUGGCAUGUUACUCUUGUGAGGCUGAGCUUUAUAUAACCAAUCCAGGACAAACUCCCAUUUCAAGUACUUCUCAUUCCCAGUGUCUCUUUCUCAGCAAGAUUUAUCCCAAUUGGCCACUCACUUGAAGUUCAGUCCAUCCUUGAUUUGUGCCAUGGAUGGACUGUGCUUAAGUGAAAUUGGAGGUUGCGAGAAUGGAAGGAUCGGCCGAGGGCAGCUCGAGGAGGAGGAGGAUGACACUCAAUACAAGUCCAAGAACCUGGAAGCUGAGAGGCGGAGGCGAUUAAAGCUGAACCAGAGGCUCCUGACGCUACGCUCAUUAGUCCCAAAAAUCACAAAUGCAAAUACCCAAGAACCUACUGAUCAUUUUUGUGCAGACAUAUAUGAGUAUAGAUUCUGACCCCGCGAAUUUUUUGGUGCUUUUCUGUCUAUGUCAGAUGAACCUGGCAACAAUUUUAGAUGAUGCAGAGAGUUACAUAGUGGAGCUACAGAAGAAUGUGAAGGCCCUGAGUGACCAACUUCUCGAAACGGAGGCACUGUGUGAAGACAGGCCAAAGGCAUUGGUCGAUGAGAUUGACGCAGCGCAAGAUAUGGAAGCAAAUGGGAUUAAGCCAGAUGUUCAGGUGACCAGCAUUGACGAACAUAAGCUGUGGAUUAAGAUCGUAAUCCCGAAGAGAAGAAGCCGAUUCACCAAGUUGUUGGAGACGCUGAGCAUUUGCGGUUUCGAACUGACCGAUCCCAGCGUCACGGCAUUUAAAGGUGCAAUGCUCAUAUCGUCAUGUAUGGAGGGGGCUUCUGGCGAAAUGCUUAAGGCUUCACGGACCAAAGAUUUGCUCCAAGAGAUUAUCAAAGGCAUUUAAUCAGCCAUAAACUUUUAUAAUCAGGAAACAUUUUGAGGCAUAAUAAAAUGGAGGACACCUCUCCUAUUUUCUGUUAUCUUCCCUAGAUACAUUAUCCUAUGCAUUUAUGAUUAUGUAAAGACUAGUGAUUAGUUCUGUGGAUUCAGCUGUUGGAAAGUCAGUCAAAGCUUGAAAUCUAUGCAUAAGAAUUGUUUACAUUUUUUAUGCGUAACAAUAACAUGAUGGAUCAACUGUAGAAUCAAACAUCUCUUGAAC